CUCCGCCCUCUGUGCUCCUGCGCAAUGUGGUUCCCCCGCCUCGUCCCCGGAGGGGCGGAGCUUCCCUUUGGCCGCGCCCUCCGUCCACCUGCGCGGGUCGCGUUUGGAGGCGCCGUCAUAGGGACGCACGCGUGAGCGGGGGCAUGCGCAGUGCGGGGAGCCGGCUUGUCAAGGACAUCCAGCAAUUCUUCAUCUGUUGCCAUGGGAUGUCUGUUCUCUCUUGGUAGUAACGUGUCUUCCAGGCAGAGAAGAGAGAAUGAUGAGGACUUACUAGACAGCAGAGAUCGUGAGGAAGACAUUGCCAAGUUUCCAUAUGUUGAAUUCACCGGUCGGGACAGCAUCACCUGCCCAACUUGCCAAGGCACUGGCUGUAUUCCCACAGAGCAGGUCAAUGAGUUGGUGGCUCUAAUACCAUACAGUGACCAGAGGCUACGUCCCCAGAGAACGAAGCUCUAUGUGCUGCUGUCUGUGCUGCUCUGCCUUCUGAUAUCAGGGCUGGUGAUUUUCUUCCUGUUUCCACACUCGGUCCUUGUGGAUGAUGAGGGCAUCAAAGGGGUUCAAGUUUGGUUCGACCAGAAAAACUCCAUUGUCAUUCUUGCCAUCACGACCACCCUGAGGAUCAGAAACUCCAAUUUCUAUUCAGUCGCAGUAGCCAGCAUAGCCAGCCAGGUGCAGUACAUGAACACUGUGGUUGGAACCCAACAGAUUACCAAUGUGUCUCGCAUCCAGCCGCUGAGCGACAAACUGGUGAAUUUCACUGUGAAAUCCGAGAUGGGUGGACCUUUCUCCUAUGUGUAUUUCUUUUGCACAUUACCCAAGGUCAAGGUGCAUAACAUAGUGAUCUUCAUGAGAACAUCAGUGAAAAUCUCCUACAUCGGCCAUGUGACUCAGAGCUCCUUGGAAACAUAUCACUAUGUAGAUUGUGGUGCUAAUUCCACAGCUGUCCAGGACCCUCGGCCUGUGUCCACCCCACCUACUCUAGAUAGUGUAACCAAAGAGAGGAGGAUACUUUGAAGACACCGGAGUCAACUAAUACUUCUCUUGGAGAAGUGAUCAUGCAGACUGACUUUUAUUAUAAAUUAGUACCUGUAGGCAGGAUCACUAGGUAGCUUUUAAAUGGAAUUAGAGGGAUCAUGGCUGUCCUUGGAGUGAACAGGAGGUGUCUGAAAUCAUGUGGCACUUCACAUUCAUGCAUAUGCAACUUGGCUGCACUGCUUACAUUUUAGGCAGCGAUUUGAGAGCAUGUCCACUUGUGAUCUAGUCUGAUCCUCCCCAAAACGUGCUGAGUUCCCACCCACUUAUAACUUGACAUUGAUCUGGUAUUUAGAUAUUGCAACAAAUUUCUUAGAAUUGAACCCAGAAGAAAUCAAGGAACUGUUUUAAAUAAUCUUUGACUUAAUGAAAGUCAGAAGGCUUCAGACUCUGUCAUUGCCUUAGUUUUGCUGCUGCUUGGUGGGCUCUGCUCUUUUUUUUUGGUCCUUUUCGGACAAAAGUGCUGUUUCAGUGAAACUCCUCUUGCCCCUCAUUCUGCUCAGUGGCAGCACACCAUUAAAAUAUGUUAUGGCAUUUUGUUAGUAGGAUUUCUACGUAUAGUCAUUCCAGGAGAGAGUGGCACUCAUAUUUAUUCUCUGUAGCUGGAACUUGUCACAGAUGCUGGAAGGGGAAAUCAUUGGAACUAACCAACAUACGUUCUAUUUGAGGUGCUGGUUUGCUUACUGACCCUCAGAAAACUUGGUGUCCAUCUCCAGUGUAUCAAAACCCUGCCGUCUUAGUGAUGGCUGUGUUUCAAUAGGUGCAGCAUUCCAGUGGUGUCGUCAUACUGAUUUCCUUGUAUGGACCAUAUAGCUCUUGGGCCUUUUUCCUUCAUGCAGUGGUUUGAAGCUACUGCUCUAGAUAUAUGUUGUAUUGAGAGUUCUUGGGUGUCACUGAAGCUAGGGAACCUAUAACUGAGCAGUUUGAUCUGUGUACUUGCUGCAUUCUUUUAACAGGAAAACUUUGUACCAGUUUGUAAGGGCCAGUAUUUUAGAAUACCAUUUUUGUACUUCUGUAUAUUUUCGCUAAAGGAAGGGAUGUAAAGAUUACAUAUGAAGUAUCCUUGUGUAGAUUCUCCAGACAUUGGCUCACUUUUGCAUGGGGAUUUGUCUGAGCGCAGACUUGAGCUGAUUUCAUUUAAGUUAAUGGGAAUUGCCUGUCUCAAAUGCUCAUUUUAGAGAUGCAGUUUAUAUCUUAGGAUGUAUAAUAGCCAGUUAACCCUGAUACAGAGGGCUAAGCACAAUGUAUUUUAGUUUUCAAUUCUUCACUUCUUAUGCAGGACAAAUGAUUCUGUAGGCUGCUUCUGAGCCAGACUCUUGCACAUCAUGAUUUCAGGGUUCUUAAAUUCACUGUAAUUCAACUCAGCUUCCCCAUUUCUUUUGGGCUAAAUCAACCGGCAUCUUUCUCUAUCAUACUUUAGAGGAAAUAGCUAUGCUAGUGGGGAGGAAAAACCAAACAGUCAAAGUCUGAAAAGGAAACUGAUAUCUAAAAUGUUUCAUUGAAGAAAGCUUGUUAUUAUUAGUGUGAAGUAGAAAAUGAACCUGUUUUAAGAAAAUGUUACUAUUGUAUAGAAUUGCACUUUAUGGGGAUAAUUUGUAGAACUGAAUCUUGCUAGACAAAUAAAAUCUGAGAUUAUUUAC